CGGGCGGGGCGAGUUUGCCCGCGGAGACCUCUUUGGAUGGCCAGAUUCCCAGCCUCCCAGGACGUUCCGGCUCUUACUUCCCAGAAACCUGUGGGUCCGUUUCCGGUGUCCUGAAGGUUUUUGGACUCGGCGAGUUGAGGUGCUCGCGUCGGGGGAAGUAAUCAGCGCCGGGUCAGAACCGGCAGCGAGGGUGGGGGUGACUCCGGGAAGCGCCCGAGUUGAGGAGCCCCGCGUCGCGGACAGGGCAUGUCGCGUUCGGAGCCUCCAGCCUGUGUGCGCGCGAGCGGUUGAGAAGGAUGGUGUGUGACAGCCGGCGUGGCCGGGCCGGGGUGUGUCUCCGUAAUUGUGUUUGCGAUUGGGAAUGUGUGAUGGGGUGAUGAGGUGCGUGGCCUUGUGGUUUUGCUUUGGCCGUUUGUGCUCCAAGUUCCCUCUAGACUUUCUUUGGGCUUGCCAAAGUUAAGUGACCGCAAGAGAAGGAGUCCUACGCUAAGAAGGCAUAGGUCCAGUCUUGGGAGGAGCAUUGUACAUCCGGAAGUGUGCUCAUGACUUGCUCCUAGGAAGACGUGAUGGGGAGGUCCCAGAGGUGAGAUCCCUAGAAGGGGCGCGUCUGGGAACUCCUUGGGAGCCAGCUACCUGUUUCAGGGCCGCUGCAACCAGACCUCUGUCCCCAACAAUUGCUGUCAGCUCAGAGAUAAAGUCCAGCCUUCCCUUCAAUUCCAUUUGGUUUUGUGUGGAUGAAGGCACAUAUGACUCUGGACGGCGUUUUGGUUUUCCGUUUUGGGUUUUGUUUUGUUUUGUUUUUAAGUUAGGUCUGUGCUCCAAGAAAUGUUGGUGUCUCAUGAUUCUUUUUUCCCCCCUACUGCUGCCGGGUUUUUAAGAAGCACCCUGAGGAGGAGGAAAGAACUGUUGCAUAUUUUGAAAUCAAGGUUCAGCUCUGGCUUUUCUGGAUUCUGUGCUUCACCAAUCGAGGAACCCCAUGGAUUAUUAAUUAGUUCUUGCAGUUCUAGAACCAUGACUGAUGGCUUGGUGACUUUCAGGGAUGUGGCCAUCGACUUCUCUCAGGAGGAGUGGGAGUGCCUGGACCCUGCUCAGAGAGACUUGUACAUGGAUGUGAUGUUGGAGAACUAUAGUAACUUGGUCUCAUUGGGUCCUACCCUAGACCGUCAGAAGAGAGUCUGCAUUUACACAAGAUCCCCAGAUUUGGAGUCAACAUAUGAGACCAAAAAUACAAUUUCAGAAAAAGACAUUUUUGAAAUAAAUUUUUCCCAAUGGGAGAUGAAGGAAAGAAGUAAAACUCUUGGCCUUGAGGCAUCCAUUUUCGAAAAUAAUUCUAAGUGCAAAAGCAAAUUUGAGGGACCACAGGGACAUCAAGAGGGAUACUUUAGUCAAAUGAUAAUUAGCUAUGGAAAAAUGCCCACUUAUAGAAAAAGUAAAUCUUUUAGUGCACAUCAAAGAAUUCAUAAUAGAGAGAAACGCUAUGUUUGUAAGGAAUGUGGGAAGGCGUGUAGUCAUGGCUCAAAACUUGUUCAACAUGAGCGAACUCAUACAGCUGAAAAACACUUUGAAUGUAAAGAAUGUGGGAAGGACUUUUUUAGUGCCUAUCGACUCACUGUGCAUCAGAGAUUUCAUACUGGUGAGAAACCCUACGGAUGUAAGGAAUGUGGGAAGACCUUUAGUUGGGGAUCUAGUCUUGUUAAACAUGAAAGAAUCCAUACUGGUGAGAAACCCUAUGAAUGUAAAGAAUGUGGCAAGGCCUUCAGUCGUGGCUAUCACCUCACUCAACAUCAGAAAAUUCAUAUUGGUGUGAAAUCUUACCAAUGUAAGGAAUGUGGGAAGGCCUUUUUUUGGGGCUCAAGCCUAGCUAAACAUGAGAUAAUUCAUACUGGUGAGAAACCUUAUAAAUGUAAAGAAUGUGGGAAGGCCUUCAGUCGUGGCUAUCAACUUACUCAACAUCAAAAAAUCCAUACUGGUAAGAAGCCUUAUGAAUGUAAAGUAUGUGGAAAGGCUUUUUGUUGGGGUUAUCAACUUACUCGACAUCAGAUAUUUCAUACUGGCAAGAAACCGUAUGAAUGUAAGGAAUGUGGGAAGACCUUUAAUUGUGGCUCAAGUCUUGUUCAACAUGAGAGAAUCCAUACUGGUGAGAAACCCUAUGAAUGUAAAGAAUGUGGGAAGGCCUUCAGUCGUGGCUAUCAUCUCACUCAACAUCAGAAAAUCCAUACUGGUGAGAAACCUUUUGAAUGUAAGGAAUGUGGGAAGGCCUUUAGUUGGGGUUCAAGCCUUGUUAAACAUGAGAGAGUCCAUACUGGUGAGAAAUCCUAUGAAUGUAAAGAAUGUGGGAAGGCCUUUGGUAGUGGCUAUCAACUUACUCGACAUCAGAUAUUUCAUACUGGCGAGAAACCCUAUGAAUGUAAAGAAUGUGGGAAGGCCUUUAACUGUGGCUCAAGUCUUACUCAACAUGAGAGAAUCCAUACUGGUGAGAAACCCUAUGAAUGUAAAGAAUGUGGGAAGGCCUUCAGUCGUGGCUAUCACCUCACUCAACAUCAGAAAAUCCAUACUGGUUCCAAAAAUUCCAACUGGCACUCCCACCAACAGUGUAUGAAUGUUCUGCUUUCUCCAUAUCCUUGACAAUAUUUGGCAUCAUCAAUUAAAAAGAAAAGUGUUUGCUACUCUGGUAGGUAUCAUGGUUUACAUUUCCAUUCUUUUCUGAUUAUUUAUUAGCUAUUUGGAUAUUCUUGCAAUAUUUGUCCACUCCUUCCUCCUGACAUUGGAUGUAUUAGGUGUGUCUGGUUUCACAAAGCAUUUGUAAAACUUGUAGGACAGCAUUUACCACCUAGGCAGUGACUCUGUGUGUGUGUGUAUGUGUGUGUGUGUGUGUGUGUGUGUUCCCCCACCAGACAUGAGUUGGUGGCUGUGAUGGAAUCAGUUUUAUCUCUGUAUCUGUAGCUCCCAGUAUGAACCAUGACCCUUAGUUAUUUGAUGUAGUUAGGAUACACUCAGCAAAAAUCAAAAUAGCAAACUAGCCUAAGCAAUGAGGAAGUAUUUCGAGUCAUAUAACAGGCUUUUUUGGGGGGUGAGGAGAGAAGAGGUUCCAGAGAUUUUUGAUUCAUCAGCAAAAUGAAAUAUUCAGAGACUCAGAUUCUCUUCUAUUUUUCACUUUGUCUUCCCCAGUGUUGGCUGGGGUACCAUGAUGGCUGACAGAUUUCUAGACAUUAUAUACAGGCAUGACAAUACUGAGGGAAAAGAGUAGGAGAGAUCAUUUUCUGUGACUCUUAAGGGCAAGGAACAUUUCCCAUUAGUUAACAGUAUGUUUGCUCUUAAACCUAAUUGUUAACUUGGGUCAUAGGUAAUUUCUGAAGUAAUCACUGGUAUACUUUAAAUUAAUUACAGACCCUUGGAGUUUUUAUUUAAAUGUAGCAGGCUCAUAAAUUUUACUGUCUUUUUUUGCAUGUAUGAAGAAAGAACCAGUGAUCCUUUAUUUUAACAACAAAAAAUUUUACAUGUAUAUAUUUCAUAAAACAGAUGACAGUUUAAAUUAAAUGCGUAUAUUAAGACCAUCAAGUAUAAUUACAGACUAAUCAGAGGUUAGUGUUUAUUUCAAAAAGAUAGCAAAAAUUCUGAAGUAUUAAAUUCAGUAUUAGAACAUUUACUAGGAGUUUUUUAUUUUCUGAUUUUUUUUUUUUGUAACUAUGAGGGACAGGGGAAAUAUUAAUGGUUUAACCUUGUAAAAUUUUUUCAUUCUUCCAGAGUCAGAGAAGCCUACUUUUUUAAGUUUAAUUCCUGGAAUUCUGUUAGCUUUAAGGAUGAGAAGGCCAAAAUUAACAAUGUGGAAAUGAAACAAAGGUGUGAUUAGAAUUUGGGGGAAGGGCGCCUGGGUGGCUCAGA